AUGAGAUAUUCAGAAUUGAUUGAAUUAGCUAUUGAAAAGAGUAAUUUAUUAUUAUGUAAAUUGAGAGAACAUUUAAAAUAUAAAGAAAGAGAACAAAAAACAACAGAAGAAUCAAUUGAUGAAAUUUGUUUACAUUCACUUUCAAAACGUGAAGUAAUUCCACUUUUAAUACGUGAAACAUUUUUAGAAAUUAAUGAAAAUGUAUGUAAAGGAAAUGAUAGAGAUGGAAGUACAGCCUCAAUUAUAUAUAUACCAUAUAUAGAUGAAAAAAUAGCCUAUAUUGGUAAUGUAGGUGAUUCUAGAAUUGUAUUAUGUAGAAGUGGUGAACCUAUUAGAUUAACAGUUGAUCAUAGACCAAGUGAAAUUGAUGAACGUAGAAGAGUUAAAGAUGCAGGUGGUACUAUAUAUGGUAAUCGUGUUAAUGCAUGUUUAGCAAUUACGAGAGCAAUUGGUGAUAAAUCACUUCAUCCCUAUAUUAUAUCAGAUGCAAGUACAAUGGUUAUGGAUUUUAUGUUUGAUAGAGAUGAAUUUAUUGUUGUAGCUUGUGAUGGUUUAUGGGAUUAUGUUAGUGAGGAGGAAGUUGUAACAAGUGUCAGAUAUGAAAAUGAUCCUGUUCAAGCCUCUAUUACUUUACGUGAAUUAGCCUAUGAUAAGGGUAGUACUGAUAAUAUUUCGGUUAUUGUUAUACGUUUUAAACCAUCUAUUUUACAAGAAUAUCUUUAA